CAUCCGGUCUGUCCAUCGCUUCUUCCUGUCAGCUAGCACAGAGCUCUUAUGUUGUACAGUGACAUUUUGGUACAUUUCUCUUACUUACAGCGCCGUUAAAAGCAAAAUAACAAGCAUGGCAGAAUCAAUUCAGAAGAAAUUAAAAGCGGAAUUGGAAAAGUAUACACAGAUACAGAAAGAUGUUAGUAUGAGCGUAUCCGCCAGACAGAAGCUGGAGACACAGGCGGCAGAGAACAACAUUGUUAAAGAGGAGCUGGAUCUACUGGACAGCUCAAACACGGUUUUUAAGCUCAUUGGUCCUGUGUUGGUGAAGCAAGAUUUGGAUGAGGCUAAAGCCACGGUAGCAAAGAGAUUGGAGUACAUUAAUGGAGAAAUUCAAAGAUACGAGACACUUCUGAAAGACUUGGAGAAGAAAUCUGAACAUCAGCGAGAGGUCCUGACCAGUUUACAGCAGGACUUUCAGAAAGCUCAAGGCCUCAUUGCUGGAAAAGUAUGAUCCAGGGACAUUUUUCCAAGCAUGGUGAACACCCAGCAGAGGGAUAAUAUAAUGUACACCUACUACAUGAGCUGAGCAAAUUCUCCUUGUAUCUUGUCAUUAAUUUACAAUGUUCUUACUGUGACUGUUCUGAUGUUACUAAUAAACAUUUGUUUUCCA